AUGGAGUACACUCUGACCAAUGGUUCCGAGAAAGUUCCGAAGUUUUCCUUGACGGAGAUCCAUGAGGCGAUAAGGAGCUGCGGGACCGAAAGGGAAAUCGUCGAAAAUCUAGAAUACCAAAACUGGAAUCUUACAUUUAGAAUAACGAAAGUGGAUAAGAACGAUCAGAGGAUGAUUCCAGGAGCCUCGAUUCUUCUCAACAGCUCUUCGGGAGCGUAUGAAUCUUAUCAACAAAGAAAGCCCACUGAAAACGAGAUCUUGUUCCAGCUGCUCAAUUUGAUCUUGUACAACACCACCGAUGAGGAGCAACGAUCGCGAAAGAAGCAAAUUAUAUUCGAAGUCCUCCUGAAGCUCAUCAAUCACACGGUUCGGAUACCUCCUCUGGCUCGGGAUGUUCUCGUUGCUAUGUACGAUUCCGUCGAAGAUCUUCAAACGUUGGCUCUGGCCAACUUGGUCGCCCUGGACUUACAGCUGCCGAAAGUUCUGCAGCAGACCGUGGUCGGCAUAAUGGAGAGUUCGGAGUCCGGGACAGCAUCCGAGAGAUUUCAGUUGUUGUCCGUAUCUUUGGCGAUGGGGCGAGCGAUCGCAGCGAUUCCCAAAGAACUCACCAAUUUAUUGAUCUACUCUUGUGGGGUUCUGGUGAAGAACCAGCAGGACCUCCAUCUGCCCGCCCUGCUGUGCCUGCGAGCUUACCUCAAUCACAGUCGAGUCAUCACAGGCUCGUUGCCGACUGAUUUGCCAUCGGGACGGGAUAUUGUCGAGAGGUUCUGUCAGAAAAUUCUCAAGCACCGCCCCGUUCCCUUGAGCCGGGAAGGCGUCAUGUUUCUCCUUACUGCCGCCUCACCGCUCUACGCCGAUGUCCUGAGGGAAUUGUUCAACGGCGAUUCGAAGAUCUCCGAAAUCCUUCUCGCAACGAGCGUCAAGUUCCCUUCGGAAACAUUCGAAGUGCUCGCGAGGGUCUACAGCUUGAGCCCCGCAGAAUGCCUACCGUUGAAAACGCUCUCCAUGAUCGUUGACAACGUUCUGAGCUCGAGAGGGGCCGAGGUCAUCGACGAUGUUGUGAAGUUCUGCCUGUCCUGUUCCGAGAGCGGUAUUCUAAUCAAGAGUUUCUUCGGAGAUGCGCAGGAGGAAGAAGUCGAAUCGGAGAAAAGCCUCAAGGCCACACCCGUCAUCGAAGUUUUCCAGAGUCGGAAAUCGGAAGAGGAUAUAAAAGUACUCUGGCCGGCUUGCGCUCUGAGAUUCCUGAAUCAUCCUAUCGUCGAAGAAUCGUUGUCUGAUGGCUCUAUGCAGCCUUUCAUCGACAGAGCUCUGCAGACGGAGCAGAAAAUUCUCGCAUCGCUCCUAUUGUGCCCGGAGUUGAAGUCGCUCCGCUUGCCCGUGGAACGGCAACCCCUGCAAGGCGAUGCAGACGUGACCGCGUUGUCCACCUGCGCGAACUGUCACCUUCUGGAGACAAAGAUCGAAGGAUGCGAAGCUGCGAAAGACGCCAUGGCUCACUCGGUAGGAGGCUUGAGAUUCAAGAUUAAGGCUCUAGAGGCCGAAAACCUCGGCAUGAUAAAAAGAGUCAGAGAGUGCGACUCCCUGCUGAGCGAGCGGAAGGCCGAGGUGUCGUCGAUACAGGCUCAGGUCAACUCGAAGGACCGCAAGAUCGAAGAGUUGAAGGCCGCAGGGGAGCGAUUCGAGAACGAGCUGACGGAACAACGCAACAAGAAUCAGGAGACAAUGACCGUGCUGAAACAAGCACGUCGAGACACUGAGAAAGCGAGAAGCGACUUCGAGCGUAAGCGAGGGGAGUGCCAGCAACUCCAGAGGGAGCUGUCCACCGUCAAAGAGCAGCUCGCGGCUGCACGGAAGAAGAUCGAAGAGCUUGAAUCCUUCAAAGAGAAGUUGAGCUCGCUGAUGGGAUCUUUCUCGAAGUAGGCCAUCCUCGGCCGUCAAUCUUCUCUCGACGCGAGAAUGAUAGAAGAACUUUUAGGACUAUCCUAUAGGACUAGAAUCAAGCGCCGCGUCCAUCGAACCUAGCACCGAUCAGUGCCCAUGUACAUAGACUCUAGCCAGGACAUCAUGAAAUAAUUUACUUCCUCGACUAACUUCCGACAAUCAGUGUAUUUCGAUGGUAAUAAAACUCGGUUUCUCUGUUUUUU